GACGAUGCCUCCUGUACCUCCACAGCAAAUGGAUAAAGGAAACAUAGCACUGUAUGCAGGGGCUGGUGGCGGAGGAGCUUUUGUGGUGAUUCUUAUCAUAUUGAUCGUUGUAGCUGUUAUUUACAAAAAGAGAAGGAAUGAAAAGGUGAAUAGGAUAUGCAGCAGUUAUGGUCAACCUCUACCAACGAUAGGUUCCGGUAGCCGGGUCUCCAAGUCACGUGACAAUGGCGUAGAUGUACGCGAUGUAAAUGAUGAGAAAGAACACCAAUGUGGGCAGCCAGUGCCAGGGGGAAUAACAUACGAAGAAAUAUCCUACGCCGAUGGGAAACCGGACUUUGAUGAAACAACAGGGGAUGUCGCAGCUCUUCAUGUAUAUAACAUGCCUGACAUAUCUCCUGGAACUCCCUCUGGACCAGAGCGGUACACUGCCCCAAAUGGGAGGGACUUGUACACUCUUCCAGAUAAAGAGCAAGGCAAUCAAAAUGCUACUCAAAAUGGCGACAGCAGACAUUAUGACACAUCCAUCGACAACUUGUACGCCAUGCCAGAUAAAUCACGCGGUGCUACCGAUCUAGAUCCUACUUUAAUGAUAGAAAAUGACAUCUAUGGUUCAUCUUAGAUACUCGGUGGUACAGUGGUAUUGCGUUCUCUUGUGAUAACUGUCAUCAUAAACAGGGCCGGAUGGGAGAACGGUUUUCGGAACUGAAGUGGCUACCUUGGAUAAAAUAUGACGUUAUUAUUAGUGUUAUUCAUGUUUUUGGUGAAAAGGGGAGUGUUCAGUCUGUAUUCAUAAGAAUUAUUAGUUGGUUUAAACUCGUUACUAUUCAUGUGCCAUCGAUAAAUAUCAUAUAAAGAA